GUAAACAUUAAACAUAUAGUGCAAAAAAUGGUGGGGGAAGUAGGAUCUGAUAAGACUAACUUAUAUAAAGUAGUGGGAUAAUUAGUGGGAUAAUGAAUAGAAUUGAUAUUAGUAGUAAGAAAUCCAAUGUAUUACCUAAUACAUAUAUUCCAGUACUUUCUAAGAAAAUUCUUAUAAAUAUUUUACUACGAUUACCUAAAUUAUCCCUCAUAGAAUUUAUACAAAUAUGGCCUCGAUUAAUUAAUACUCAACCAUAUCUUAAUGAACAAGAUAAAUAUCAUAAUCAAAAAUCAUUUAAUUUAAUGGUUAUAAAAGAAGCCAAGGAUUUAAAACUUAAUAUAACUAAAAUUCCCAAGAGGAAAGUUAUAGAAAUAAUUAUAAAUAAAUAUUGGACUCGAGGAUUAAAUCUUUUACAAUUAUCUCAAUUAGAUUGUCAAAUGAUUGUAGAUAGACCAAAUUCAUUUUAUUGGAUAAAAUCAACUAUUCAAGAUACUUUUGGUAAGGAAAUCCCCAUACUGUUUGAUCCACAAAAAUUUCUUGAUCUGUUAGUAAAAGAUCUUAAUGCAUUAUAUUUAACUUAUAUUUAUAUUUGUAAACAUCCAAAUUUACCUUCAACAAUUAUUAGAAUUCAAUUAUUUGAUUUACAAGGUAUUAAUAUGAAUGAUACAAAUUCUUUAUCAAGACCUCAUAUAUCUUCUCAUAGAGCUCAUUUUAUUGCAAUUCCUCAAAAUUCUCCUCAUAUUCUUCAUUCUGCAAGUUCAGAUAUAAUUUCAAAUUUAAUUCUUCAAUCAGUGGAAAGGAAUUUACCGCAAAAUCCUCAUAAUUUAUUAAAACUUAUAACCGAUGAUAAACAAAUACCGGUAAGAUCAUUAGAAUCAAUGCAUAUAUUACAUGGUAAUUCAAGAUUUAGUAAUAGUUUGGGUGUCUGGACACCUUAUGCUGAUGGAACUGCUGAUACCUUACCAUUAACUGCUCCUGAUAAACAUCCUAUAGUAGUUGGUCAAAAACAUGAAGAAGAACAAGAAGAACAAGAAGAACAAGAAAAACAAGAAAAACAAGAAGGAGAUGGUGACUCAUUAGAAAUGAUUCAAUUGAAGAAAAUAGCUAAUUUAAGAUUUAAAGGUUCAAGUACUGGAAUUCUUAAAUCUUCAAAACUUUAUGAUGAUGUUAAUAAUAAUAAGAGAAAGAGAAGAAGAAUAUUUCAAAAUGAUGAAGAUAAUAUUGAUGAAUUUGAUACUAUAAUAACUAAUAAAUUUAGUUCUAUAGCUCCAGUUCAACAUGCCGAUUUUAUAAUUAAAGAAAAAAUUACUGAAACUCAUGAAUCUAAUAUUAUGAUAAGAUUUAAUGGACUGGAUGUAUUUGGUGGAUUACAUGAACUUUCAGUAUUAACAACUAAUAAAGAAAAAAUGAUAUUAGAUCCAUCAGAAGUUCCUGGUUGGCUUACAGGAGAAGAAGGAGCUAAUAGUGGAAUUAUAAAAAAUUCACAAUUCAUUAAAUCUUCUUCAUCUAUUUAAUUUAAAUACUAUAAA